UUGGAUUAAUUUCAGUUAGAUUAAGAUCACCAGUCAUAAAUAGUUUUUACACGUUUGCCUAUACAAUCAUAUUCAUUGACAGAUAUCUGUCAUAUUUGAUAGAAAGAUUUGUUACUGUGUUUUAUUGUUGUUUUCUGACAUGUACGACUUAAUCUUAACAUUUCGCGCUUAUAACCUUAAGGUAAAAUUAAAUUAAACGAUUCAAAGAGAAAGAAACGACAACUGAAAGUUACUGGUGGCUUUGAGACAAUAAAGGGAAUGCAUCCGUGGCAAGUGGAAAUUCAACGAAAGAAACGAGGUUGGAUUCAUUGGUGUGGUGGUACAAUUAUCAAUAACGAGUGGAUAUUGAGUGCUGCACAUUGUUUUGACCCCAUAUUACAAAUAAUAGAAUAUGAAGAAAUGUUUCAUAUUGAAUAUAUUGUCAAACACUGGAAUUACAGUGAAUUCGAAAGAAAAUACUCUAACAAUGAUAUCGCGUUACUGAAAAUAAAAUCAACCAGCGGAAUUUCCUUCAAUGAUUAUAUACAGCCAGCUUGUUUGCCUGGAGAAUUCACUCAGCUUUCAUCUGAAACUAAAUGUGAAGUUUCGGGAUGGGGAAAGGAGAACGAAAAAGGUACAAUAACUGAUACAUUAAGAGCAGCGGAGGUAAUGAUCAUCCCAGAGCAAGAUUGUCAGGGAUUCUACAACACAUAUUCUAUUGAUUUUAAAAAAGUAAUAUGUGCUGGUAAUGGCAUUGCUGAUACAUGUCAGGGAGACUCGGGUGGUCCUCUCAUUUGUGAAAUCAACGGCCAAAGUACGGUAAUAGGAAUAACAUCUUGGGGUAAAGGUUGUAGUCAACAUGAAGCUCCUGGUGUCUACACAAAGGUAUCAGAAUAUGUUAGAUGGGUCAAUUAUCAAAUUUCUAACCACCGUUUAGAAGAAG